CCACGUGCUGCUGCUGCUGGUUCAACCGGAAGUAAUCAAACCGGCUACACCAACAUGUCUGCGCCCGGGGAAGACACGUUUGGUAAUGAAGAUGGAGAAAUUGACGAAAUGGAUGAAGUUGAGUGCGAGGAAAGUGAGAUGGGAGAAGAAGGAAUGGACGGAGAAGGAGAGGGUCAGGUUUACGUGCCCGGUGUCCAGCCACUGCAGCCGGGAGAGGAACUGGAGAUGGACCGUUCGGCCUACCGCAUGUACCACGAAUGCCAGACAGGUUCUCCCUGCUUGAGCUUUGACGUACUGCAAGAUGGAGAUGGGGAAUCCAGAGACCAGUACCCCCUGUCUAUGCUGCUCUGUGCAGGGACCCAGGCGAGCACUGCCCUUAGCAAUAGGCUCCUGAUUAUGCGCAUGCAUAACCUUCACGGUACAGAGAAGGAGGGUGAGAGUAGCGAUGAAGAGAGUGAGGAGGAGGAUGAAGAGGAGGAUGAAGAUAAGAAGCCACAGAUGGAGUUGGGAUUGAUGUCUCACUACGGUGGCACCAACAGAGUCAGAGUCACCCAAUGGUCAGAGCGGCCUCUGGCUGCCGUGUGGUCGGAUAAAGGCCAGGUGGAAAUAUUUGACCUAAAAGCCGCGUUGGAAGCUGUCCACAGCUCAACUGCCAUGGCUGAAUUUAUUAAAAACCAGAAAGAAACCAAGCCCCUCUUUAGUUUCUCAGGCCACAUGACUGAAGGCUUUGCACUGGAUUGGUCCCCUAAAAUACCAGGCCGUUUAGCCAGUGGGGACUGUAAGAAGAACAUCCAUGUGUGGGAGCCACGGGAAGGAGGCGCCACCUGGACGGUGGACCAGCGGCCCUUCAGCUCCCACACCAAGUCUGUGGAGGACCUGCAGUGGUCCCCUACUGAAGCCACGGUUUUUGCAUCUUGCUCAGUCGAUCGGUCUGUCAGAAUCUGGGACACCCGUGCCCCUCCAAACUCCAUGCUGUCCAACGACGAAGCUCAUUCAUCGGACGUCAACGUCAUCAGCUGGAACAGGAGCGAGCCCUUCCUUCUGUCAGGGGGCGAUGAUGGCCUUCUGAAAGUAUGGGAUCUACGACAGUUUCAGUCUGGGCGGCCGGUGGCUAACUUCAAGCAGCACAGCGCCCCCAUCACCUCUGUGGAGUGGAACCCGGUAGACUCCAGCGUCUUUGCCGCCGCCGGGGCGGAUGAUGUGGUCAGCCAAUGGGAUCUCUCGGUGGAGUCGAGUGAUGUGGGUGCGAGGGCAGAGGGCCUCAAGGACCUUCCUCCUCAGCUGCUCUUCCUGCACCAGGGUCAGUCAGAGGUCAAGGAGAUCCACUGGCAUCCACAGUUACCUGGCGUGAUGGUCUCGACCGCGCUGUCUGGGUUCAACGUGUUCAGGACAAUAUCAGUCUAACGUCAAAACAUUUCAUUGGACUGUUUUAGACUAGAGGCUAAGGGGUGGUUGAAGAAAUGCAUUUAAUACACAUUUUGAAUGUGAACUUGUGACUUAUAAGUAAUAUGCCCAUGUAUGUUCAAGCAUAUUGCUAUUUGUACUAUUGUAUAUAGGUUGACUCUAUGGAGUGGAUUUUUCUAGAAAAGCCUAAAGCUGGGUUGUAUCUCCUAUUGAUCUGAGUCUGUACUUUUACAGAUGACGUGAACUGAUAUGAAAUGCAUUCAAAAUUGCAUGCGCAAAAUAAAAAACAUAUUGUACCAUAGUAAA